GACUCUUGGAGCGUGACUUAUCUCCUUCGUCUUGCUCAUUGUUAAUUGUUGCGCGGUGAACUUUGUGCCGCUUGCCUAUCAUGUCGUGCAACAUACAAUCAUCGCCCCGCUGCUUCUUAAAUCCAUUUGAGAAUAGAUGAAAGCAUCAUCAUGGAGCUUGUCACCCUUGCUUUCGCAGAUUACGAUCAUCCAGAUGCAAGUGGAAGUCCAGACAAAGACCAGCAGCAUCCCACGAAGCGCCGUAAAAUCAACCUUGCUUGUGAGCAGUGCAGGACGCGCAAGGCAAGAUGCGACGGAACCAAGCCAGAAUGCGGGAAUUGCAAGCGACGGAAAGAACAGUGCGCGUAUAAAGUAACUAAGGCGCAACAUGACACAACACAAGAUUACGUUGACUCGUUGCUUGCCAAGAUUGCUGCGCUCGAAGAUGAAAAUGCGAAACUACGCGAGCAGAAGGCCACUAAUGAACAGGAUUUGUUGACGAAGCUGCUUGAUCGAGUUUGUCAGCAAUCUGUCGGUAGCUCUCCGCCUAUGGUGCAAGUUUCAAUGUCUGGUCGCGUACUUGUCAGCAAAAAGGGCAGUGACGUUGAUGCUAUGGGGGCUGCCUCAAGCUUUAUGGUGAACCGUUCACCCAAAGGAAGCUAUUUCGGAGACUCGUCGACCACUUCACUCAUGGAACAGGUGCUUAAAGCAAUCGGCGAAGGAGGAAGCAAUGAGACGUCCGGCAGCACCUUUCGGGCAUCAUCCUCUCUGCCUGUUGGUAUCGACAAUGCUACUUUCGAAGCAGAUUUUGCAGGUCCCGAGAACUUCGCACUAUUUCCUCGUCCUGUGACUGACUUUCUUUUAAGUCGCUAUUGGGACAAAGUGCACUCGUUGUAUCCAUUCAUUCAUAAGCCAACAUUCAUGCAAAGCUAUGAGCGACUAUGGCGAGGCAGUGCAAAGCCUGCGCCUGAUAACCCGGCUUUGGGUCUGGGUGAAUCCGGUUCUGCUGGGCCGCUCUCAUUUACCUUUCAUUGCGCCCUCAACGCAAUGCUUAUCCUUGGGCUGCAAUUCACACAAUUUCCUGCGGCAGAGAAGGACAGCCUGGUUUUUCAGUGUUUGCAAAAGUGCAAAAACCUGCUUAAGGUGGAUCUAUUCAACGAAGGCUCUCUAGCUGUUCUCCAGAUGACCCUUUUACUUGCGCAUUUCUUUCAAUCCACCGCAUCCCCGAAUAAAUGCUGGAACAUCGUCGGCAUAUCAUGUCGCGUCGCACAAAGUCUUGGGCUCCAUGUUGAUGGCAUUCGUCCCUCACAGCUUCCACCCUUGGAGCGAGAGCUUAGGAUAAGAGCUUGGUAUUCUUGCGUAAUAUUUGACAUGAUCAUUGCUAUGGCUCUUGGUCGCCCUGUCAUGCUAAGACGGCGUCAUUCUGUUCCGCUACCUGAACCUACUGAAGACGAAUACCUUCUGCGUGGGGUGCCCCAACCAGAACAUCAUGUGUCUGAUCUGCUGUUUUACCGCGAAUCACUUAAACUCUUCGUUGUUAUGCGAGAAUUUCUCGCGGAGAUGUACAAAGAUGGCUAUGGUCAGUUGAACCAUAUUGCAAAGAAGUUAGAUAAAACAGCAGAGCUGGACGGUGAAAUUUCGAGAUUGCAGACCCAGUUACCAGAUGUUUUAAAUUGGGAAAAGCCGAUUCACGAGGAUAUACGCGGGAACAGAUCAGUGCUUGAACAACAGCGCCAUGUACUUCAUUUGCGAUUUUCAGCUGCACGCAUGGGUCUUCAUCGGCCUCUAUUUAUUGAUUAUUGCAGAACAAAAUCCGUGCAACAACCAUCUGAAUUAUCGACGCGAUUUUCAAAAUGCGCCGCCGUUGUAUGCAUUCAUUCAUCUAUUACACUUGUAGAGGUUGUCGAUCGGUACGCAGGAACGGAAGCUACUUGUGAAUGGUGGUACAACGUGUUUUUCAUACGCAUGGCGGCGGCAAUUCUCAUGAUUGCAAAGAUCCAACCCGAGCUUGUUCUUGAGGUUGGACUAUCAAGACUCGAGCAAUCAUGGCAGCUGUGUCUUCAUGUGUUGAAAACCAAGCUGCCCAGCAAUGACCUGGUGCGAAAUUGCAUCGACGGUCUGGAAAGCAUGUAUGAUCAGGUAGAUAGGUAUGUUAAGAUGCGAGAUGCCAGAGUGACCAGCGCAGAUGGGCUGGCAGUAUUUUCAAGUGAGACUGAUCCCAUUAAUGCCGCAUUUAUAAAUGAAAGCGCUGGAAAUCCCUUUAUUGACGGAGGUUUCUUCAAUACAAGCACGGAUGAAUGGGGAUUUGCUAUAGACGACUAUGCUGGCACGCUUCUUUAGGUCUAAUAUGAUCAAAACUUGCAAUAUUUUGGUCUAUAGUAUAAUAUCUAUACUUAGAGCAUAUAUUUAUUGGAUUUAAGUGCUCUUUGCAACUGGCCAUUUUACAGUUACAAUAUGCUUA